AUGACGACUACAUUUGGAAUCCGGGGGAAUUGUUCUCUUCUUUAUCAUUAUUUCUUCCUUUACUUCACCAGGUGUAGGCUAAGGUCCACAUAUUUGAUUAUCAAGAACCUGCUUGUAGCCAAUUCCUUGGUCCUGUUCUCUUGUGGAGUCCAAUGUACAGUAAGAUCUUUCGGGUGGUUUCAUGCUCUCGACUCAGUCUUCACAGCACCGCGGUCAUUCCCUGACAUUGUGUGUUUGGGGCUCAUGCUCGGGGCCUCCAGCUGCACAGUGUCCAUCCUGCACAGGCACAAGCCGCGGGUCCAGCACAUCCGUACAGCCAAUGUUGCCCUCAGAUCCUCCCCUGAGUCCAGGGCAACCAGAAGCAUCCUCCUCCUGGUGAGCACCUUGGUCUGUUUCUACACCCUUUCUGCCAUCCUUCAGUCUUUUCUGUCUGUUACUGAAAAUCCCUGCUGGUUCCUGCUGGACACCAAUACCGUGUACUUCCGUUUCCUUGCCCCGCCUCCUGGACUCGGCGAGCGUAAUCUCGUCCCUUGGACCAAUGGCAAACGGGAAGUGGGCGGGAGUUCGCUUGUCCGGACCAACGAAACGCGGGUCCUCUCAGAGGAGCGCGGCCAAUGA